AAAUCAAGCCACAGGCCCGACUUCAGGCCUCGGCCUUCCGAUUACGCGAGAGAGAGAGGGAGAAAGAGAAAGAGAGAGAGGGGCUCCUGUGAAGAGUAAUGGAGGUGGAGGGGUCGUCGAAGAAGAUGAUCGCAACGCAGCAGGAAAUGAUGGACGCGAAGGUGCCCAUCCCUUACAGGGAUCAAUGCGCCCACCUCCUUAUCCCCCUCAAUAAGUGCAGGGUCAAGGAAUUUUACCUCCCCUGGAAGUGUGAGUCCGAGCGCCAUCGCUACGAGAAGUGCGAAUAUGAGCUCGUCAUGGAGAGGGUCAUGCAGAUGCAGAAGAUCCGAGAGGAGGAGAAGAGGCUCAAGGAGCAACAGCAACAGCAGAAGCAACCCAUCCCCUUGAUCCCCAAAACGGCCAACGCUUGAAUUGGUCUGCUUCAAGGUGGCUGUCAGGUUUGAGAUUGUCUACCUUCAUCUUCUUUGUUGCUUGCCUCAAGACUUGAAAGGUCCAUUUUAGAAUGUAUGACAGAAUUGUCCAAUUCAUUAUCGCUGAAUCCCUCCUUUUGUCGUAGAAAACAGUCUGCUACUUGGCUUUUCACUUUUCGAUUCAGUUGCUUACUUUCUGCAGUUCACAGCCACCUGAAUUUUCAUAAAUUGGUCCUUGCAACAUGUAAUGCAAAUUUCCUCUUUUUGAUGUUGCACUUAAUAAAUUUGACUGGCACUGCUAUCACCUAUAGGUGAUUGAUACUUCCAAUUGCAAUAGUUAAUUUCUGUGAUUGUUCAAAUCA